AGUAAUAAUAAAAAAUGAAAAGGUUGAUUGAUAGAAGCGAAGGAAAAGAUCCGGAAGCGUUUCCUUAUAAUUCUUAAUUCAAUCUUAUAUGUAUUUAUUAUUAUAUGUAAUGUCUUCCGUUCCCCUUCCCCUUCCCCCUUCCCCUCCCGUCUUUCUUUCUUCAUCUUCCUCAUCUCUCCUUCCUCAACCUUCAAUUCAAACGCACAACCAAUUUUCGUCUCUUUCAUUGCAACGCUACAAAAAAAUUCACAAUCCCAAAUUACUAUCACUUCACUUCUAAUCACUUUAUCAUCCUUCUGUUUAAUCCUUCUUCAACCUUCCACAAUUUUCACCUCUAAUUUUGACUUCCUUACCCUACAAUUUCGCCCAUGGCUUCCUCUAAUGUCGAGAUCGCAUCCACCUCCAAAACCAAUCCUGAUCUCCCGCCUCAAUCCUCUCUUUCUUCUAUCUCCUCAGUUAUCGCUGAUCCCUCCAGGAAUUUGGUUUCCAUCACUAUGGAUGACCUGCUUAAGAACAUGUAUUCCGAUGCUCAAACUCACACUCAAAAUCCCAUUAUUGCCUCCUCCUCCUCCUCCUCCAUCCCCUCGCAUGAAUUGAGUUCCAGGACUGUGGAUGAGGUCUGGAAGGAGAUCGUUUCUGGGGGUGAUCAGAGGCGGGACCCUGCUAUGGAUCGCGAAAUUACGCUUGAAGAUUUUUUGUCUAAGUCUGGGGCUGUUCGUGAUGAGGAUUUGAGGGUUCCGGUCGUUUCUGAACCUGUUGGGGGUUAUGCUGUCGACUCCACGCUUAAUAAUAAUCAGCUUCAGAUUCCGUCGCAGCAGUUGGAAGGUCCCAUGGUGGGAGGUUAUGGGAGUGGAAUCGAUGGCAGAAUCGUUGGAGUUGGAAGAGGGAAAAGAAGGGCUGUUGUUGAGGAACCAGUUGAUAAGGCCACUCAGCAAAAACAGAGACGGAUGAUCAAGAACAGGGAAUCCGCUGCCCGUUCUCGGGAACGCAAGCAGGCUUAUACGCUAGAGCUAGAGUCUCUUGUGACCCAACUGGAGCAGGAACGUGCAAGGCUAUUGAGAGAAGAGGUUGAGCACAUCAAGGAACGGUCUAAGCAGCUGAAGAAGAAACUCAUUCCAAUUAGUGAGAAGCGAAGACCAAAACGCAUGCUUAGAAGAGUGAAUUCUUUAUAGUGGUGGUAGUGUGUAGCUAUGGAGAGGAGAGAGGGUGUUGGAAUGAGCGUUUUAUUUUACAGUUGUUAAUAAUACGAAACUGGGUUACCUCUUACCUUCCUGUGUUCAUGAAGGUAUAUAACCAAGUUAUUCAUAUUAUAGAGAGAUAUUUGGGGAAUAAAAACACAACUGCCCACCAAGUAAAUAGUUGACGACGUUCCAAGUAUGAACCUGUCAUUUACAGCUAUAGAAACUGUCAAAUCCCGAUGUCGAAAAUAGGAAAUACAAUGCUGCCGAAGAUUUGAACAUCACUGAAUCGCACUCCACCUGUGGCUCUGCUAAUUGUGUAUGUAUUGCGUCUGUUUUAUCAUGUGUUGAAGAAAAGGUAGAAAGGAUGAUAAGUAGGGUGAAGAGGUUAUCUCAUUGUAUAUGACUUUUGUUCUACUUAACUGGUGAUAAGAAGAGGAGAAUGGGGUUGUGGUGAUUAAUCUGAAUUUAUUUUACUAAUAUAAUUUGUUUCUAUGUA